UUGAGAGGCUGCUCUGAACUAUAUAAAGCUAUGAGAUCAGACUUUUGAAAACUCCACCUUCCAAUCUUGAGCCACAAACACGUAUUUUAGGAGGGAAUCCUAUCCCACAAUGUACUGACCUCAAGAGGCUUUGAGCUAAAAGUAAGUAACGCUGGAGCUUCAGCAGCACUGCAGAAAAACUAACAGGCAAGAGGCACUCAGAAGGACAUUCAGCUUGAUCAUAGGCACUCUUUAAGAGUUCACCACUGGGAAUGAUGUUACUGUGGACUUUUCAAGCAAUGAAGAAGAGGCAGCUUUUCUGGACAGCAUUCUGUGUGUUGAGCCUUCUGGACAAUCAUGUUUUUGCAGAUGAAGCAACAACUUCGGAAAAGGUUUCACCAGUUGCUACCACCACUGUGAAACCCACUGCCACCACAAAAAUGCCAACUGGAGUUGCCACUACACCUAAAGUUUCAACAACAGCAGUAUCUCUAGUACCAGAAAAUUCAACCUCAGAAGAUAUAGCACUCAAAAAGAAUGCCAGCAGCACCCUUAUUCCGCCUGUAACAACAGCCAGAUCAAUAUCACACAUAUCUACAACACAAGGGAAUGAAUCAUAUGCUGCCAGCAAUGGAACAACUGAAACUCCAAUUGCAGUAAAAUCUGUGACAUCUAGUCCUAUUGUGCAGACAAAAACUGAGGUCACCACAUCAUCUAACACAGCCAGAGUUGAAGACAGUCAAGUGCAGUUCACAUGUAUGAAUCUCAAGGAAGUAAAAAGUACAAAAGUCAUCUGCUUGGAGCUCAAUGGAUCUUCCACAUGUGAACAGUUUAUAAACCAGAAAAGAGAACACCUGGGAAAGGUGCUUUGUGCAGCAAAUGAUACAUGCCACAUCAAACUGACAAAAUCUGCUCUGAAUAGCAGGUGCAUACUUUUGGUUGGUGUUAAUGAUAAAGGCACAGAUGCACUGGAUACUGUUAUUGCAAUGAAGAGGCAUGAUUUGCAAGAGGUAGGGAUAACAACCCAUAAACAAGAGGACAUUGAAAGUCACAAGGACUAUUCUCGGAAGACACUUAUUGCCUUGGUCACGUCUGGUCUGUUGCUGGCAUUUCUGGGAUUGGCUGGAUACCACCUUAUGAAACGACGGAGCUGGAGCCCCAUGGGAGAGAGGCUGGGCGAAGACCCAUAUUACACAGAAAAUGGCAGCCAUGGCACCCCUGCAAUCUCUGUGGCUUCUCAUGAACAGUGUGACCUGCAGGAUAAGCCAAAUCUCAAUGGAGGGGCUCGGGAAAAUGGGACUGGGCAGCCAGCAUCCAAAAAUGGACACUCAACCAAGCCACACGUCGUUGCAGACACCGAGCUGUGAAAAGCCUUGUAAAUGUGGCCUGAAAGACCAGAGUGGAAAAAUCAAAGAAUUAGGGGGCACAAAUGUCAUGAACAGAUUUAUAAUCAUUUUAUUUUCUACAAGCUCAAAAAUCCCAUUCUAAGGUGUAUGUUUUCCAAGAGCUACCAGAGAACUUCACUGUAUGCUUUUGUUUGCUUAGCAAGUUACUUGAAUGGGAUUGAGUGUGUUCUUAAUUCUUUUAGGGGGUGGGUCGCUCUAUCUCAGACCAAAAUGAAAUGUAAUACUCCCCAACAGGAAUAUUACAUGGAAUAGUAGAGUAGAUUUGUCUUUUGUUUGUUGGUUUGUGUUAUAAACUUGCUUGCUGGCUCCAAAGCUCUUUAGGCAAAGUCUAAACAUCCCUAAUGUUACCAAAUAACAUGAUAUUGAUGCAGGUCAGUGAUCUUAACUAAGGUCCCUUCCACACAGCUGAAUAAAAUCCCCCAUUAUCUGCUUUGAACUGGGAUAUAUGGCAGUAUGGACUCAGAUAACCCAGAUCAAAAUAGAUAUUGUGAGUUAUUCUGUCUUGAUAUUCUGAGUUAUAUGGCUCUGUGGAAGGGCCUUAAGUCCCAAUUCAUGUACAAUUCAAUCAGAUCUGUAAAUGCUAAAAUAUAUGACCAUAUUCUGACUUGUCUCAUGCUACUUCAAGUAACAUUUUCAAGUUUUCAUGAUCAAGAAUUUCCAUUUGUGUGCAUUUAUUAGAUAUAUUAGACUUGCACACCAUGCAAAAAUGAUUGAAAUAAUCAACCGUUGAAAAAGAAAUUGAGCUUGUUAGAUCUCAAGAGGUCCACCAUUGCUGUUUGGGGAGACUGGGGUGGGGGUAAGGUUUCUCCUGAUUUUUACAUGCAACUCAAACUUGCUUUUUGUGUUGCCUUGUUCUGUAACCCCAUCACACUCAUAAGCCUUCUGAAUUACCAUUUAGCAAUCCCUGAACAAUGCAGAUUCAAUUCUAUUUUAGACCAGAUUUGCACAGCAAAACAAGGUGAACUUUCAUUUAACAACAUUAUUGAAUAAUGGAGGAGAGGCCUCCAUAAACAACAUAGAACUGCAGUCAGCAAGUGGCUAGAAACUACGAUUGCUCAUUUACUCUGACAGUUCAGGUUUUCUCCCUAAGGGUUUUGUUUUCAAUUCAUUGUUUAUAUAAAAAUGAGCAAUGAGAAACACUGAUAUGCAGCGAUUGUUGGAUAUACUGUAUUGCAAACUUCAGUCCAGAUGAAAUUAGUUUAUUAAAAUCAGUAGACAAAUUAGUCAGUCAUUCUUAAAUCAAUUGGGCUGUUAGUCUCCUAAAACUACAGUCCUAUAGCUACUUACCUGGUACUUGAACUCCCUGGGGCUUACUUCUAGGUAGUCAUUUAUAGGAUUGUGCUGUAAAUAAAAUAAACUUUCUUUAGAUUAAAGUUUUUGAAUUUCCAUCAGAACAUUCAAAAAUAUAACCUUAGUUUUUGGUCUAA